AUGCCGUUCUACCAGAUGCUAUGCAUUGCGGCGCACUAUCCGGAAUACCAACACCUGAAGCAGCUAGUGCACCAAGCCUCAUCACACGUUCUGACCAAUGGCGGGGUCGUACGGAGAUUUUACAACAUGGGUACACUCUCGCUCCCGCAGCGUAUGCGGCGACACAAACAGUACCACCAAAUCGGCGACUACUGGAUGAUGUACUUUGAUGCAUCCCCGCGCACGCUACACGACCUGAACGCGAUAAUGCGCCGUGACCCCCGUGUCGUCCGGUGGACGAUGCUCAAACUUGGCGAUAGGGUCGAGGAUAUGGUCAAGCCCCCUGCUCAGACUGUCUACCGGUACUCGUUGCCACUCCGUAAAACGUCAGCUUCGCUUCAAACGCCCAUAUCAUGA